UGUAGGACUCAUUUCUUUUUGUUUUUUCCACCCACAGAGAGAGUCUCUAAUGUAAAGGUUACUCAAGACGUUACCCACUUGAUUGAGUUCAAUGGGUCUGUCAGCUUCUCCUGCUCCUCCUCUGGAUCUUCUCUCUCCUUCCUCUGGAUGAACAGCAGCUCUCAGAUCACAACCAGUGACAGAGUUCAGAUCACUGAUGGAGGAUCCAAGCUGACUAUAGUCAAUGUGACCAGAUAUGAUGAUGGAUCUUACAGCUGUAAUGUGUCCAAUCCUAUCAGCAAUGACAGCAGUAAUCCUGUAAACGUCUCUGUCAGCUAUGGCCCAGAGAAAGUCAACUUAGAACCACAAUCUCAGAAAUAUACAGAAGGGUCAAACAUCCAUCUGUCUUGUUCAACUGACUCCAGACCUAAUGCCACUUUUGAUUGGUUCUUUAAUGGAAAAAGUCUGUCUGGUUCUGGAUCUGAGCUCAAACUCACCAAUGUUCAGAAGGAUCAGAGUGGAAACUACAGCUGUCAGGCCUUUAAUAGCAGAACCUCAAGAUAUCAAACAUCUCAACUUUUAGUCAUAUCCGUAGUGGAAUCUGUAGGUCUCUCAGGCGGUGCCAUUGCUGCAAUAGUAAUUGUGUGCUUGAUAGCUACUGCUCUAGGAGCUGCUGGAGGCUUCUUUAUUCAUAAGAAAAUAAAAAAUGCCCAAGCUCAAUCAGAGUCAGGUAAAACAGAACAAGAACAUGAGUAUGAGAACAUGACAAACUUAUGAUAGAAGAAUAUAAAAUCUCCAGUUUUCCUUCAUUAAAAGAUCAUCAGAAAUUAAGACACCAAGGUAUAUAACUAUGGAGAAGGAUGAAAAUAAUAUUAGUACUUUAAAUUUAUUUGAUAUGUAUAAUAAUAUUUUGUAUAAACAAUAGUGUUUUAAUGUAUUUUUAUUUUAGAUGUA